AUGUCACUACCAGAGACGGAGUGGUCUAAGGCAGCAGCAAGCUUGGACUGGUUGGGACCAGAGCGAGCCCUUGGUGUGGUGUGGAGAGUAGAGACCGACCAGUACGGUUACGACGUAUCCGCGAAGGAUGUUCCUAGCACCAAGAGAGGAAUGUUGAGCUUUACGAGUACAGUGUAUGACCCGUUAGGAUUCGUUGGACCUUUCAUCAUGCGAGCGAAGGUAUUGUUCCAAGAACUGUGCAGACAGAAGCUAGACUGGGAUGAAGCAAUACCCAAGUAUGUCGCGGAUCAAUGGAUAAGAUGGCUUCAAGACCUUCCUAAGAUAGCAGACUUUAAAGUUCCAAGAUGUCUGAAGCCAAGCGACAGAUUAGAGGCGCCAGUCGCAUUUCAGCUACACCACUUCAGCGAUGCGUCAGAAAAAGGAUUUGGUGCAGUUACGUACUUGCGCAUGGUGGAUGCAUCUGACAGGAUUCAUUGCUGCUUAGUGAUGGCAAAGAGCAGGCUAGCACCUAUAAAGCCAACAACCAUUCCAAGACUAGAGUUGUCAGCGGCCGUAGUUGCUGUAAAGCUGGACCAGGCUUGUAGGAAGCACCUCGAGUACACACUGUCAGAAUCUGUGUUCUGGACAGAUAGUACUAUAGUUCUGCACUACUUGCAAAGCGAGGAAAAAAGAUUCCAGACGUUCGUAGCGAACAGAGUGGCACAGAUACAUGAAGGUCCUUCGUCGAGGAAAUGGAGACACGUUGAUACUAACAACAAUCCUGCGGAUGAUAUCUCUAAAGGUAUGUCAGCUGACGAGAUGAUAACUGAUGAACGCUGGACGCAAGGUCCUACCUUCCUGUGGAGCAAGGAGCUAUAG